CCCUUUCCCGGCUCCUCCUCUGUCGGGCUUCAUCGAGCGGAGCUUUCCAAAAAAACUUCCCGUGCCAAAAGCUUUCCUGUAGCUUCUCUGUUAUAUGUGGCACGAAGGCGACAGUUGGAGCUGUUGGAUGGAGGGAGCCGUGUUUAAGAUAUGAGAUCUAAACUAUGGUACUGAUGACCGAGCAGGCGGACAGACCCCUGACCCCGUUAUCCACACCGGAACAAGUUUUCAAUAAGGACUCCCGAGGGACUCGGUCGACGUCUGAGGUUGAGAAUGGGGGAGAGAAGAAACAGAAGAGGCCCGGACGGUCACCUGCAGACCUCCACCUGUGUCUGGACACAGAGUUGGACACCUCAGAGGGCCGGAGGAAACCAGCCAGCAUGAGGUUGAAACCUGUGGAGCAGCUUUCACCGUUGCUGACUCCGAGCGACUAUGAGACAAAGUUUGAAAGGAAGAAAUCGCAGCCCAGCCAUUUAUCGAAGACAAACGCUCAGUAUCACAAGUUAUUCAAGGAGGUCAGCAAAGAUGAGUUACUGAAACAAAGUUACACUUGUGCCCUGCAGAGAGACAUUUUAUAUCAGGGCAAAAUGUUUGUCUCUGAUAACUGGAUCUGUUUCCACUCCAAAGUUUUUGGCAGAGAUACCAAGAUUUCAAUCCCCGUGGUCUCUGUGACGUUCAUCAAAAAAACUAAGACUGCUUUAUUGGUGCCAAACGCUCUUGUGAUUGAAACUACGAGUUAUCCGCACGUGUUCGUGUCCUUCCUCUCCCGGAACACCACCUACAAACUUUUGAAGUCCAUCUGCGUUCAUUUGGAGGUGGAUAAGACUUGUAACAGCACCAUUACAUCCUCCUGUGAAAACAGCUUCAGAGUGAAAUGUCCAUCGUCUCUUCCUCUGGACUUUUCCAGAGACUUCUCCGACCUCGACGGGGUUGUGCAGCAGAGACGACAGGAGAUGAUGGAGAGCAGCAGCUCCGGGUCUCAAACUCCAGAUUAUGACAAAAUAACUGACUUCACCGGCCUGCCAGGGACAUUUCUAAAUGCAGUGAAGAGCGGAGAGGUUUCAGUCCACGCUGACAUCCACCUCCAGACGCCGAGCCAAAAACACGGCGCCGCUCUGAAGAACGGGUCGACUAAACCAACCCGGGGAGUCGCAGUCAAAGACAAAUCCGCACAGCCCGUGUCGUUACACGCCAUCCUUCUCAUCUAUUUGUUUCUAGUUAGCGUGCUCGUCCUGUCCUCCUGUUACAUGGCUUUCAAGAUUGUCGCUCUCGAGCAUCGUUUGAACUCCUUGGUGUCGAUGGGCGAGCACAUUCAUAAUGAAGAUGCUGUGAGCUCCAGGGCCCAGAAUGAAAUAAAUGCUGAGAUCUAUGGAGAACUGUCUACCAACUUGUUCAGGCUAGAAAAGAUUCAAAGAAACCUCCAGAAGCUGCUUGAAGAGACUUAAAAUGAAGACUGUCGUCUGUUGGCCUGUCCGGACAGAAGCUUGACAGCUCGUACAGAACGCUUUAUUUCUUCUGUGAACUUUUAAAUUGUGCAAUAAGAGCUUAUUUCCUUCCUGCCUUUUUUUCCCCACUCAGGACUCUUUUCUGAACAAAAUGUCGGAGGUUGAACUGAAGCAGCAGCAGCAGCGUGUUAGUGUGCCAGUGUUAGUGAUGCGAGCGUAUAUGUUAUAUUUAUCUGAGAGCUUUUAUUUUGCAUUUCACAAUAGUGGGAUUUUUAAGGCCCAAAGGUCCUGCUUCAAAACAUUUCUUAAAAGGUCAACUUGUGUUUUUUGCUCAUGUUUUAUAGUCGGAAUUAAUUAUAUUUAUGUAAUGUAUAUAAAUCACUCAGCUGGGGAUGCUUGUACUAUAUAUUUUGAUUACAUUUAUAGGCAACUGCUUCUUCCAGUAUGUCUUAUCUAAAGAUAGAAGAGAGUUUAACAGAUGUUUUAUUGUAAGUGUGUCCCAAAUUGUUCAUUUCUACAACUGAAGAGCUUCUCAGCUCAUCUUAAUUUCAAAUUUGUCUUAUGUGUUUAGUUUUUUUUACCCAAAUCAAUGUCCGAAAACAUUUGCUGUUGAGUGUUUGUGGUUUUUUUUUAGAAGAGCAGUCAAUCAUUUCAGGACCAAUAUUAGCAGAGACCGAGCUCGUGUUUGUGUGUCUGACUGUUUGAUCGAUCGUCGUCCUGAAAUAAACGUCUCUCUCUCUCUCUCGUGACAGCGUCUGCUGAACUUUGCUUAUUUGUUCACCGUGUUUUUCUUUCUUACAUAAGGCCCACUUCGCGGUCAGGUGACACACCUGCAAAGCGUAAACAAAUGCAUGCAAAAAAACUCUCCACAAACACCAACUUUGAGGUACUUGUACUACUAUCUCUGACGGAAAUAUUGUACUUAUUUAUCUGACAGCUCUUCUGUUGACUAGUUUUCAUCAUUCCUGUCUUAAUAUCUCCAAAUUUGGGGAUUUUUCUUCUGAUAAAUUGAAGGAUGAAGUGUUCCUCUAUGUGUCCUACUUCCUAAGUUAAAUAAACUCUCUUAGAUUAGCUGGAAAAUGCAGCUGAAAACUGUUUUUAUGAGCUUGCGGGACAGCAACGCCAAAUGACGCUAUAAAGAAUGGACGUUUUAUGCAGAUGUGGAUCAUCGGCGGGGCUGAAAGACGCCCAGUUGCUCAAACAAGUCAUCUGUAACGGCACUUACCUGUCAAACAAAGCGGCCACUCUACUGUACUUCACUGCAUUCAUGUGACAGCCGUAGUUACUGCAUUUUAUUAGUUACUUUAUGAGUAAAAAGUACAAUAUUUCCCUCAGAAAUGUGACUCGAGUAUAGUGUGCAAAUACUUUCUGCUUCCAAACAUAAACACGGUCUCUGUCAUGAUUCAGUCCUCUUUCCUCUUCACUCCCACUCUGCUGUGACUCAUUUUUUUAUUUUUAUGUUUUUCAGCUUUUUGAAAAUAUCUGUGUCUUAUGUGACACGUUAAAUCCAUCUGGAAUAAAAACAGAUCAACACA